AUGGCCCCUGGUAUCUACACCCCCAUCCUCCUCAGGCUGUGGGUCACCGGGUGCGCCUUGCGCCACGCUGGAGAAGAGGGGACGGAGGCGGCGCCUCCAGGUGCCCUCCAGGUUUCCGAGGCCCCGAGCCCUGGGCCCUUCGGGAAGGCCCGCAGCGCUUUUCUGGAAGUGGAAUCGGACACCUUUGGGCAAAAAGAGGGGGUCAGCCUUGCGAGAACGGGGCGAGACCUAGCCCAUCAACCUGAUCUGCAUGAAGCCAACUAUCCUCCCUGCGAAGGACUGCCGAACAGUGGCAGCCACGUGAUUGGCGCUGCGCUGAACCUCAGCACCAGUUGCAGCUGGAACGGCCAUCCCGGGCUACAGGUGACCCUCGAGAAGCCCCUGAGCUUCCAAGGCAGCUUAGUCUUGACGGGGGAGAUACAGCUCAUGGGCACGGCGACCCAGGAGACCGAUGGACCAUGCAUCACGGUCCAUGGCAAGAUGUCGAUGAUAGCCGCGAACGUGAGCUUUGUUGGCUGCCGCAACGGAUUGAAGGAUGGCAAAGGCGGAGCUCUGUUCAUCCACGAGGAUCUGAUCGCCAGCAAAAGCAGCAUGAAGUUCGAAAACUGCGCAGCUCUUGGCCACGGCGGCGGCCUGUAUACUCAAGGAAGCCUCUUCCAAGAGGGUCGCGGCACUAUGGUCUUCGAGAGCUGCACGGCAGCAGAUGAUGGCGGCGGCGCGCAUGUGGUGGAGAAUUUCACACAGGGACCCAACAGCUCCGCCAUCUUCCGAAAUUGCAAAUCGCAACGGCGAAACGGAGGCGGCCUCCGUGCAUCCAGCUAUACGCAGGGAGCAGGGAGUUCGGUGCUCUUCGAGCACUGCUCGGCACGGUACGGCGGUGGCCUCUUCCUCACUCAGAGCUACAAGCAGGAACUUGGGAGUUCGGCGGUUUUCGAUAACUGCGAAGCAUCGAUUGAUGGUGGCGGCGUCUGCUUGCAGAAUGGUGGCUUCCGCCAGGGUCCCAACAGCUCUGUGCACUUCCGGAGUUGCGCGGCCACGCGCGGAGGCGGCAUCUUCGUGGCGCAGGACUACAGCUACCAGCAGGAAGUCGGGAGUUCGGCGGUGUUCCAUCACUGCAGUGCAACAAGUCGAGGCGGCGGCCUGUACACUGAAGGAAGCUUCUCUCAAGAGGGCCCGAGCACGGUGGUAUUCGAGAGCUGCACCGUGGAUACUGCGAAAAAUGACCGGGAUGGAGGCGGCGGCGCCUUUGUCAGGAACAUGAGUUUCGGUCGGAACUGCUCGGCGCAUUUCCGGGACUGCGCGGCGGCCGACGAAUCUGGAGCCGCUGGCUCAGGAGGCGGGCUCUUCUCCAAUGGCUAUCGGCAGGAAGCAGGAAGCUCAGUAGUCUUCGAGAAUUGCGCAGCCGCGUACGGAGGCGGUCUCCGUGCCGUGGACUUCCAGCAGGAAGCUGGCAGCUCCGCAUUUUUCGACAACUGCAGGGCAGAGCGGAGUGGCGGUGGCGUGAAAGCGCAAACGUUCUUCCGACAGGGGCCCAACAGCUCUCUGCGGUUCAGAGCCUGCACCGCCGAAGGAAGAGGAGGUGGCCUCACUACUGAGCAGUACCAACAGGAAGCCGGGAGUGCGGCAGCUUUUGAGGCUUGCUCAGCGGCGUAUGGGGGCGGCUUGAACGUCGAGAAGAGCUAUCGUCAGGAAGAAGAAAGUUCGGUGCUUUUCGUGAAGUGCACGGCAGAGGAGGGAGGCGGUGUCUGGGCGCCGAACUUCACGCAGGAGGGGCCCGGGAGCUCUGCCAAUUUCCGAGGCUGCCGGGCGGAGGGAAAGACUGCAAAAGCCACUCUGCAGCUUCGAGGAGGCGGCAUGUUCAUUGUCAACAGCUACCGGCAGGAAGCCGGUAGUUCGGCGGUGUUCCAGCACUGCACUGCAAAGCAAGGAGGAGGCGUGUACGUGGCGAAGAGCUAUCAGCAGGAAGCCGGAAGUUCGGCGAUGUUCGAGACCUGCUCUGCGGAGAAUGGUGGCGGCCUCGUUGCAGAGAGCUACUGGCAAGCCGUCGGGGCUUCGGCAGAUUUCGAGAACUGCACGGCAGAGAGGGGCGAGGGUGGCGGUCUUUACGCCACCACGCUGGACGGCCACGGCUCGAUGCACUUCCAAGCGUGUCGGGCGAAAGCAGGGGGCGGCCUUUGCACCAGCGAGCUGGAGGGCAAUGGCUCGAUUCACUUCGAGACAUGUCGAGCAGAAGCAGGCGGCGGCCUCAGUGUUCGACAAGGCGGCAGAGUGCACCACGGCGGCGUGCUGGAGUUUCAGGAGUGCAAUGCCAGUUUUACCGGCGGUGGGCUUUACUCCAGUGCCAGCCGAGGACAAUUUGGAAAGCUGCGGUUUGAGCGCUGUGAUGCUGCUCUAGUCGCGGCGGCUUUCGCAGCAAUUGAUGUCGAUGACAAUAACGUGGAAGUCCAGAUCCAGGAGCUCUGGCUGUUGAAUGGCGGCCGCAGCAAUCUCAAAGACCUGGUGGUUACAGGCGUCUUGACGAUCGGAUCUGCUCAUCUGACCAUGAAGUCCAAGUUCGGUGCCUACAUCCAAUCGCAGAACCUCGUUCUAGAAGACGUGGUUGAUUGCACGUGGACCACCACUUGCAAGUUCUCCGCGAACGUGGCUCAACGUGCGGGCUUCCGCUGCCCGUUGGGCGCGGGUUUGGUGGACUUCCGGAACUCUGACGACUUUGGCUGCUUCGCGUGCACCCCAGGGAAGACGCAGAUUCUGAACAUGACGACAAGGCCUUGCAGCCGCUGUCCAGAGGGAGCUGAGCAAUGCUGGCCCAGCCAACUCCAGAUGGAGGCGGGGAUGAUGGUGGAGCUGGACAAUGUUAGCCGCAGCUUCCAUUGCCCAAACGAGGCUGCUUGCCCUGGGGGCAGCGUGUCGCAGGGAAGACUGCAAAGAGCGAUGUGCGCAACCGGCUACCAGGGCCAGGGUUGUGCGACCUGCAGCGAACGCUACGCCGUUGCUGACAGGAGCGUGCUUUCCUGCAAAGGCUGUAGCGACGUUCGCCGGAUUCAGGUGAUCCAAUGGAUCCUUUUCCUGGCGCAGCGUACCAUCCUCUUCGGAAUCGGGGCAUUCAGUGCGCUUCUGGCCAAGAAAGCUGGCGAUUUGAAGAACAGCAGCAUCUACCUGAACCAGCUGAUGGCUUUCGCCACCAUCUCCAACACGAUCAUGGCCGCUGUUAUGCAGACGAAGACGGCGAAGAGCGUGAAGAGCCAAGCAAUAAACUUCUUCUUCGAUGCAACCAUAGCCAUGGACGAGACCGCUUCCGGACAAGGAUCCUUGCUCAGCGCCUCCUCGCAAUGCCUGUUGUCCUAUAUCGGCUACGAGAAGACCAUAUGGGGCUGCCAUCUGCUGGACAUCGUUGUGGCCGCGGUGCUCAUGGGCUCACUGUCCUUGGUGAAGGAUUUCCGCGCUGCGCUGAUCGCAGGCAUAAAUUGCUUUCUGCCUACUAUUGCUGCCGACUUCGGCAAGUACCUGGUGUGCUACCGUGUGGAGCGAAAGGAGCUGGUCUGCCCCUUCCUUCCGGGAAAUUAUGCGCUCGUCGGUGCGAUGCAGGUGCUUGUGGGUUUCAUCCUACUCAUGGGCGCUGCCUUUUGGACGUGGCUGAGCCUCUCCAGGUCAGAAGAGGAUCCCUUGCCCAGCCAUGUGGUCUUCCUGACCAGCAAGUAUCGACCAGAGUUCGCGCUUUUUGAGAUGGAGCGCCUGGCCAGGAAGACGCUUAUCACCUUCAUCGGCGCCUGCUUGCCGAUCGAAUCCGCUUCGGCGUUGCAGAUUGGAUGUCUAGGCGCGGUGGUUCUGGGGGCGCAGUUGCUGUACUGCCGCUGCCAUCCUUACCACAACUCCGAGUGGAACUGGAGCGGCUCCUUGAUGUCUUCCUCGCCUGGCGACGGACUUCGCGAUGAUGAUGGCGCGGCUGCGCCGCUAGAUCCCUGGGCAGAUGCUGCCCGGGCUGCUCAUCCUCCCGGCGACGUUGAUUCUCCCGAUGGACACGGUGACGACGGCGGCGGAUCCCGCCGUGCUUGGCGAAAGGGGAAGCAUUCGGGCGACGAUGUCCCGAAUGCAAAGGGGAACCCUGCGGACAGCAGGGACGAUGCCUACGAUGAGCCUCUUCCUCCCGGCGCGCCGCCGGAGGAGAAGUGUGAGUGGACAACCUACGUGGGCGACUUCAUGGUCCUCGGGCUGGAACUCCGGCUACCACCAUGGACACGCCUGGUCCGGGAAUCACGCCGUUUCCCCUGGGGACGGAAAUGGAUGGGAGACCUCGUGGACCCGCUCUACUUCGGCAAAUGCUUCCGGCAGCCCCUGGGAGGCCGAGUGGAACCAUUCGAACUCAGCGAAUACCUCGAGCGGCCCCUGGGAGACUGA